AUGGCCAACAUCGACACCCACGAUGGCGUUGCACUCGACAAAACGUUGCGACCGAAUCAACAGCGCAGCAAUGCCGAAGGGGACGGCAGCCACAGCUCGGUGCUCUCUGACAUGCACCUUUCUGACGGCUUUCCUCAGGGCGAUGCAGAGGGGGAGGAUGAGAUGGACAUCCGCGCCUCGCAGGUGCACAUGGAGACACUCUACGUCGACUUGCCGGCGAAGCAGCUGGAGGUCAUCAUGCAUAGUGCCCUUCGGGCCUACAACACACACGUUUUCAUCCCGACGCGCACCACCUGGCGUAAGGAGGAAGGCGCGCGCCGAGAGCUAGAGCGGGACGUUGAGCGAACGGCACUGAGCCGCAUUGCGGAAUACAUCAAGAACGAGAUCACCACUAAGCUAGGUGGUUGCUGGCACGUCAUCUACGGCCACGAUUUCGCCACUUUUGUGACGCACAAACGCUUAUGCUUUUGCCACUUUCAAAUAGAGGGUGCGGACGUGGUUGUGUGGCGUCAUGGAGGGUAG